AUGGCGACGUCGAAUCUGAUAAAGAACAAGGGCUCCCUGCAGUUUGAGGACAAGUGGGAGCUGAUGCGGCCCAUCGUUCUCAAGCUGCUCAGACAGGAGGCCGUCACCAAGCAACAGUGGUUCGACUUGUUCUCGGAUGUUCAUGCUGUGUGUCUAUGGGACGACAAAGGACCAGCCAAGAUCCACCAGGCUCUCAAAGAGGACAUCCUGGACUUCAUCAAACAAGCACAGGCUCGGGUGCUGAGCCACCAGGACGACACAGCACUGCUCAAAGCUUACAUCGUCGAGUGGAGGAAGUUCUUCACCCAGUGUGACAUCCUGCCGAAGCCCUUCUGUCAGCUGGAGAUCACACUCAUGGGCAAACAGGGCAGCAACAAGAAAGCAAACAUGGAGGACAGCAUCGUACGCAAGCUGAUGCUGGACACGUGGAACGAAUCGAUUUUUUCCAACAUCAAGAGUCGCCUGCAGGACAGCGCCAUGAAGUUAGUCCACGCUGAGAGGCUGGGGGAGGCCUUCGACUCCCAGCUGGUCAUCGGAGUACGAGAGUCGUAUGUGAACCUGUGCUCGAACCCAGAGGACAAGCUGCAGAUCUACAGGGAUAACUUUGAGAAAGCCUACCUGGACUCCACAGAGAGGUUUUACAGAACACAGGCGCCCGCCUACCUGCAACAAAAUGGCGUCCAGAACUACAUGAAAUAUGCAGACGCGAAGCUGAGAGAAGAGGAGAAGAGAGCACUUAGAUACCUGGAGACACGUCGUGAAUGUAACUCUGUUCAAGCACUUAUGGAAUGUUGUGUGAACGCUCUGGUGACCUCGUUCAAAGAGACCAUCUUAGCCGAAUGUCCGGGGAUGAUCAAACGCAACGAGACAGACAAGCUGCACCUCAUGUUUUCACUGAUGGACAAGGUUCCCAGUGGGAUCGAGCCAAUGCUGAAAGACCUGGAGGAUCAUAUCCUCAAUGCUGGACUAGCAGACAUGGUGGCUGCUGCAGAGACCAUCACAACUGACUCGGAGAAGUAUGUGGAGCAGCUGCUGACGUUGUUCAACCGGUUCAGUAAACUGGUGAAGGAGGCGUUCCAGGACGACCCUCGCUUCCUGACGUCCAGAGAUAAGUCGUACAAAGCUGUUGUCAAUGAUGCCACAAUCUUCAAACUGGAGCUGCCAUUGAAACAGAAAGGUGUGGGUAUGAAGACUCAGCCGGAGUCAAAGUGUCCGGAGCUGCUGGCAAACUACUGUGACAUGUUGCUGAGGAAAACUCCUCUCAGCAAGAAACUCGGCUCAGAGGAAAUCGAGUUCAAACUCAAAGAAGUGCUCUUAGUGUUGAAGUAUGUCCAGAAUAAAGACGUGUUCAUGCGCUACCACAAAGCUCACCUGACCAGACGCCUGAUUCUGGACAUUUCCGCUGACAGUGAGAUUGAGGAGAACAUGGUGGAGUGGCUGAGGGAAGUCGGGAUGCCGGCAGACUAUGUGAAUAAAUUAGCCAGAAUGUUUCAGGACAUCAAGGUGUCAGAGGACCUCAACCAGGUCUUCAAAGAGAUGCACAAACACAACAGACUGGCACUGCCAGCGGACAGCGUGAACAUUAAGAUCCUGAACGCUGGAGCCUGGUCCCGGAGCAGUGAGAAGGUGUUUGUGUCGCUGCCCACGGAGCUGGAGGACCUGAUCCCUGAGGUGGAGGACUUCUACAAGAGGAACCACAGCGGCCGCAAGCUCCACUGGCAUCACCUCAUGUCCAACGGCAUUAUCACCUUUAAAAACGAAGUGGGUCAGUACGACCUGGAGGUCACGACCUUCCAGCUCGCCGUGCUGUUCGCCUGGAACCAGAGACCCAGAGAGAGGAUCAGCUUUGAGAACCUGAAGCUGGCCACAGAGCUGCCGGACGCCGAGCUGCGGCGCACACUCUGGUCCCUCGUCGCCUUCCCCAAACUGAAGAGACAGGUGUUGUCUUACGAUCCUUCAGUUAAUUCUCCCAAAGACUUCACCGACAGCACAAUCUUCUACGUCAACCAGGAGUUCUCCCUCAUCAAGAACUCCAAAGUCCAGAAGCGAGGGAAGAUCAAUCUGAUUGGUCGACUGCAGCUGACCACUGAGCGAAUGAGAGAGGAGGAGAACGAAGGAAUCGUGCAGCUCAGAAUACUCCGAACUCAGGAGGCCAUCAUCCAAAUCAUGAAGAUGAGGAAGAGGCUCAGCAACGCUCAGCUGCAGACGGAGCUGGUGGAGAUCCUGAAGAACAUGUUCCUGCCACAGAAGAAGAUGAUCAAGGAGCAGAUCGAGUGGCUCAUCGAACACAAGUACAUAAAGAGGGAGGAGGCCGACAUCAACACCUUCCUCUACAUGGCUUAGGCCGCGAUGGAGGCUGUGCUUUAGGAUCUGUUUUUAACUCCUGGCCUGCGACCGGCGCUUUGGAAACCUGCAAGACGAGUUUGAAGAAGAGGAGAGGGAUGGGGAUGAUGAGGAGGGAGUGUGUUGAAGGACAAGAAUAAGCGUUUUUAUGUUCGUGAGAUGCCAGUGUGUCAUCUGGAGUAAUUGUAAAGCGUAGUGUCGAGUCACCAGGCUGCGUUUGUCUCUGCCGCCCUCUAGUGUCAGAUCAGAGGAGAAGGACAAUGCUGGGCGCCGUCUGCCGGAACUUCAGAAGAAAACAAAUAUCGAGACAUUUAAAUGAAGUACUUCCUGCCUUACUUUCAUCAGCAGCCGACUGCAGAGGAAGAGGAGGAGCUGUGAGGAGGACCCGCUGAUAUCAAUCCUUUGCUUUCACUUGAUGCCACCGCUGUGGUCUCAGCGGCAGCCAUCUUGCUUCCCUCCUGUUAUCUACGUUGGUCUUAUUUUUGAACAAGGAAGCAACGAGCUGCGAGUGAAACUACUAUUGAGGAGAAGUGGACACAGACUAGUUCAAACUACCGAGGAGUAUUUUUGCCAAAUCGUGUGUGUUUGUGUGUGCGCGUGUGUGUGUCUGUACGUUUGGGACUCGGGUGCAUGGUGUGUCUUUUAAUUGUGUAUGUGUGUGCACUUUCAACAGCAUGCUGCUCUAUGACGUUUUUGUUAGUUUUUUUUGUUCAGUGGAGGAUCUGUCACACUUGAGAAAAACUAUGACGAGCUGCCGUUAAAAUGCAGGUAUUUAGUUUUCGUUUUGUUCGUUAACAACAUCAGGUUAAGUUGAUCAGCAGAUUACACCCCCAAGAGUGUGUUUGUGUGUGUGUGUGUGUGUGUGUGUGUGUGUGUCAGUGUGCGGGACAAUUAUCAAACUGCAAACUAUUUAUUUUGUGUGUGCAAACCUGUGAGAUUAAAAACUAGCUGAAUGAAUCAAAGACAGACGUUACGAGUCACCAGGGGCUUCUUUUUUGUUUUAUGUACAGCAGUAAAAAAAGAAACACACAAACACACACACACACAUUGUGAUUGAAGGUUGUGAAUGACGUUCUUUUCAGUUCAGUCCCAGGAAAAUCAGAAUCUUUGUCACAAAAUGAUCUGGUUCAGACUUUUUAAAACUUGUCUUGAUUUUAUUCUGUCUGUAGGUUUGUUAAAGUCGGUCGAUUUCAUGUCUGAUUUCCAGAAGAUGGAUGAGAGAGUAAAAUCAAGAUCAAGUUUUAAAACCAGAGUCUGACCCUGAACACACACUCUGACGCUGCAGCAUCUUUUCAGUUGCGACUCAUCUCACUCACUAUCGACUCCAUCAGAGUUUCACUCUUCAUCUUAGAUUUUUCUUUUGCGUUACAAUUUAAAAAGAAAAUAUAGCAGUUUUGGGAUUUUUGUAACAAUGCUGAUGAAUUAGAUUUGACCACAAAUCCCUCAAAGGUCCGAAAAGUUUUGCUGCUCGUUGGAAACUUGAUCUUUAAAUGUGACAAAUAACCUUUGAGAUAUUUAGCUGCAGGAGCACAACAUCAUUUACAUUAUUUUAAGUUUUUCUCACAGUUUCUUACAAUUUUUCAGACGUAAAACAUGAUAAAGAUUUUUUUAUUUUAUAGGAAGACAGCUUAAAAACAUGUUAAAGCAGCUGGAAUAAUCACGACAACAUUGACACAGUGUUGAUUUUCACAUCCUGAUUCAUAUAGCUGCAUUUUUAAAGACAUUUCCUAUAUUUUAUCUUUUAGAGAUUGACAGUCACAGUGGCUCUUGGAUCUUUUCUGUCUCACAGACAAUGGAAAACUCUCCUGAGUGAAACCAGUGUCACCAGUUGCUGAGAUGUCUGAGCUUCACUGUCAUGACACAACAUUUCAAUCUAGAGGAAACGUUUAUUUAAAAUCUGUAUUUUUGUUCUGUGAGCUUUUGUUCUGGUUCUGCUCAGACUGGAUUUCCUGUUAAACUGGAUCCUGAAAUCUAUGAGCAGGAAACAGAACAGUGAAUGCGUGUGUGUCUG